CAGAGUUUCACAGAGGCGUGUUAACGAAAGGAACUUCCCGAAACAUUUAGCGUCCUCGUUUCAUGUUAAAAAUGAUCUUGGUAUUCUGGCGUUAUGAAGUGAGCCGCGCUCAUUCCUGGAUGCGGAGACUCUGAAAGGUCUCCCAGAUCAACAGUCCUGCGCUAUGCAAGAAAACAAGAUGAGACAACUUGGGAACUAAAAGAAAAUUGGUGUUGGGAAGGAGCAGCCUUUCGCCCGGACAAUUCCGCUUCAUUUCCUCGCCUCCCGGGAGAAUAAGCCAGAAAGAGCGGCCAUCGUUCAUUUCAAGAGAUACCACAGCGAGUGACGGCAAUGGAGCGGCCUCAUCUGAACAACAGCUCCGGCUCUUGGUUAUUAGAGGAUCCGGUCUGUCCGACCUCCCUCAGCAGCACCACUUUCCUCAUCGUAGCGUACAGCACUAUGCUAGCGGUGGGCCUGGUGGGCAACACUUGCCUGGUUUUAGUCAUCACGCGACAAAAGGAGAUGCGCAACGUGACCAACAUCUUCAUCGUCAACCUCUCGUGCUCCGAUAUCCUGGUUUGCUUGGUGUGUUUACCGGUCACCAUUAUCUACACCCUUAUGGAUCGAUGGAUUUUGGGCGAGGCUUUGUGUAAAGUGACGCCGUUCAUUCAGUGUAUGUCCGUAACGGUUUCGAUAUUCUCCAUGGUUCUCAUCGCCUUGGAAAGGCACCAGCUCAUCAUCCAUCCCACCGGCUGGAAACCGGUCGUCAGACACUCCUACCUGGCUGUGGCGGUCAUCUGGAUCAUAGCGUGUUUUAUCUCCCUUCCCUUCCUUUCGUUCAACAUCCUCACAAACUCGCCCUUUCACAACCUCAGCCUUCCCUUCAACCCCUUCAGCGAUCACUUCAUCUGCAUCGAACAGUGGCCGUCUGAAGGCAAUCGGCUAACUUACACCACAACGCUGCUGCUGUGCCAGUACUGCUUACCGCUGGCGCUCAUUCUCGUCUGUUAUUUCCGCAUAUUUUUGCGCCUGAGCCGCCGUAAAGACAUCGUCGACAGGGCUCGAGGCGGGCGGCAGAAGAAGACCAAAGGCUCUAAGCGGGUCAACGCCAUGCUAGCCUCGAUCGUAGCGGCGUUCGCCCUCUGCUGGUUGCCACUGAACGUUUUCAACACCAUUUUUGACUGGAACCACGAAGCGAUCCCCGUCUGCCAGCACGACGCCAUUUUCUCAGCUUGUCACCUCACCGCCAUGGCGUCGACCUGCGUGAACCCGGUGAUCUACGGCUUCCUGAACAAUAACUUCCAGAAGGAGCUGAAGUCGUUGCUUUCCAGGUGCCGCUGCUGGGGGCCGCCCGAGAGUUACGAGAGCUUUCCUUUGUCCACCGUCAGUACAGGCAUCACUAAGGGGUCUAUCCUGAGCAACGGCUCUGCUAGCACCUAUCAACCACACAAGAAACACAGCUUGGAACAGAAAGAGACCAUUUAAAUGUGCCCGGUUGUACUAUAAAGCAAUGCGUCUACCUACAUUUCAAGCAUUCAGAGGUGGCUUGACAGCUCAAUCUGUACAAGAUUCGAGACAGGUUUGGACGGAGAAAAUCUGUCCAACAGUUCUCGUUCUAAAAGUUGUCCAUUCGUCUUCUUUGUACACAGAAAUGGACUGAAACAUAUUAAGGAAAUGCUUAUCGUAGCUGGGCUCUGUAGAGGAGAACUGUGUAAUGAGAAAUAGCAUUGCUGUUUUAACCACUGCUGAAAUGACUAUGGCCAAUUAAACAUGCUAGUUUUGUGGCCAUUAUAUGGUGAGUUCUCAAAGCCACAGAAAGCCAUUUUUGCUAAUUAGAGCCUGGUUCUCUCUGAGAGACAUUAUAAUGAAAUACUGAGCGGAGGAGGCCUUUUCUUGUCAUAGUCUUUAAGUUAUGCCUAUGGGGGGGAUACGUGACUGGGUAACAAAAAAGGAAACUGACUACUUAGGAGUAGUUCGCCUAAAAAUAAGCUGUCAUCAUCACUCAUGUGACUUUCUUUCUGCUGUGGAACGCGAAAGCGCCAUAAGUUAUCAAAAAAACUAGUGCAUAUGACUCGUGUGCUUCAUUCAAUUGAAAUUAUGAAAUUGAAAUUUAACCGAAAAUCUUCCUGCUGUGAGCUUUUAAUAACUUGGUAUGAACACAGUAUGGCUUAGCAUAAAAAUAAAGCACAUGACUCAUAUGGACUACUUGUAGUGUUUUUAUCAUCCGAAAGCUUCGUUUACUAUUUGAUGAAAAGACCAUCCUUUUGUGUUUCACCAAGAAAAGAAAGUCAUACCAAUUCGGAACGACAUGAAGGUGAGUAUAUUACUGUUAACUAUUUCUUUAAAGGGAAGUUACAGAAAUAGCAAUAUGUGUAAAAUGUGUACAUCUAAAAACACAUGUAACGAUUAUAUGUACUAGUUAUUAUACAGCGUUAGGGCAAUAUAAGCACAUUCUGUCAUUAAAUAGGAGUAGAAUGUCUGCUAUUUCGAACUGCUUUGUUCAAUAAUUUACACACUUUGUUGCUCCGUGUGAAAGUUGUCAUUUGUUUUACUGAUCUAAGUGUCAGUCAAUAUAAACGCACUGCGUCCUUUCGCCAAUGGUUUUAUUUGCCAAAGCUAUCCAAGUGAGUUAUAGAUUCGGUUCUUCAUUUGCACUUUCACUGGGCUGUGGAUCUAAACUAAACUAUGUGCAUGUUGUAAGUAGCAUUUGUAAAAUAUAUAUAUAUACACACACAUGUCUAUGUGGCCAAAACAUAGUUAUUAGAAUAACAUCAAUUUGAAAUAAUUUGCAAAUGUUUAUUAAUUGUAUGAAAUGAUCAAUCGACUUUAUUUGAAGUUUCUGAUCUAGUAUUCCCAUCACUGAUUUAGUACAGAGGUUAUGUUGCCACUUAGUUUAGUAUACCCUUGUGAAAAAGAAGUAUUCAAAAUAUGCUUUUGUACCUGCAGAUAAUAUAUUACUGAUGAAAUAAAAAGCCACUUAAGUGUACUUACAUAGAGUUCACUUUCAGGACGCACUUAAUUCGUUUUUUUUAAAUGUUGUUUUAUUGUUCUUAUUUGCCAUGCUUUAAGUGAACAUUUUAAUUUUAAUGUGCUCCCUAACAUAAUAAAACACAUACUUGUCUAGAAUUUCAAAGGUAGUGUUAUUAAUUAUUAUAUUUCAAGUUCUAAAAUGCUAGUUCACCGUUACAAAUAUAUAUUUACAAAUAUUUUUCAAUAGAGGUGGCAUUAAAGUUUAAUUUAGCAGUACAUUUUAAUUACAACAGGAGUACGAAAUUACAUAUAAAGAUGUUUUAAUCCUACUUAAAAUGACUUUUGUAAAUAAUUGCAUUUGAUACAAACGUAAAUACGUAUUUUAUUAAUUUUUGUAUUUAAUUGCAAUGACCAUGCAGUUAAUUUCACUACACAUUCAAUUCAAAGUAUAUUGUUUUCAAAAUAUUAUUCUAAAGUGUACUUCUUUUUAACAAGGUUAUACUUCGACGUCGAUCGUUAUACACAUAAAUAUCUUGCUUACCUUUUUUUCUCGUGGCAAUGUACAGCCAAUCAUAACAUGCUGCUAUUACCCCGACAACCUCAUUUUUGCAUUUCUCCCCGUAAUCUAUAUUUUAGUGACAUAAUGCCACAUAAGCUCCAAAUAGGUAGUUGGCUGUGAAGCUUACGGAAAGGGGACACAGAAGACGCAAAAAAUACAUGACGCACAUAGCACCCCAUGGCAAAAACCCAUACAGUGAAGGCUAUGAAAUCACAGGCAUCAUUUAAAACAGGGCCUCAGUUCUCGCCGAUGGCUUGAUAUUAAUUGCUUUUUUCCUCACCGCUUAGUUCUUUUACAGUUGAGUCCUAAGAGACACGCUGGCUCUUCUGAUUUAUUAACAAAGCACUCAUCAAAACGUAUCACUGAUAGCACAUUGACUAUAUAGUGUUUGUCCACUUCUGACACAUAGUGAAUAGCUGUAAGUUUAUAGUUAUUGAUUGAAUUGAUUGUGUUUUGCUAAAACGGUCCACGGAGGUUUUAAGGCCUGACUGAGUGGGGAAAUGCACGUUUUAACUAUACUAGCUUGAGUUUCCCAAUGCUUUGAGAGUGAAAGGCAUUAAUGCGUUGCCAUAAAAAACAUUGUAGCCAUUCACCUGGACAAGUUAAACAUUCAGACACCAUUUACAAAGAUAUUUACUGUGUGAUGCAGCGUAUUUCAGGAGCGUCAGUAGUUUUCCUCUCUCUGUUUUUCACAUAUUGGAGGCCAGGUUAUUGACUGGACAGCCUGCGAUGUGGAAAAGCUAUAUUCCCGCAAUACACCUUUAGAAAAUUGCUCUGAGGUAUUUAUGUGAAUCAAUAUUUUUUUUUCUCAUUUUCUUUUUCUUUCGGUGGCCACAGCGAGUGUGCCUGAGGUCAGCCGGCUGUUUAGCAUAAAGCUGAUAUCUGGACUGCUCGCAAUAAAGCAUUUACAAUAGACCUGCCAUAAAUAAGUCACAUAUGGCAAAUUUCCAUUCAUGAGGUUGAAAUAUGCAGCAUGAAACCGCUGUUUACAAACCCAGUGAAGUAUUUGAAAAUCUCCUGGACACACUGCAGCACUGUAUAAAUGUACAACUGUACCAGUUUUUUUUUUUUUUUUUUUUUUUUUGUUAUGUUAUUGAGCAUUCACAUAAAUCUUUAUAUUUUGCUGUUCUGGACAAAUGAAUGUGCCAUACAGAAAUUAGUGUCAUGAUUUAUUUAUGUUUCAGAGCUAUUAAACAUAUUCGAUUUUUUUGUCUUAGUAGUUUCUACACUGCCCAGGAUCGAUGAAAGACUCAGCACCAAGAAUGAUGAAUAUCACCCUAAUAAAAUUGAAUUCAAAUGCUGCUUUAAAUGCUUAUUUUUUUGGUGAAGAAUUCAGAUGGCCAUCAUAAAUACCAUAAUAAGUGCAGUCAUUUGUACAUUAAUCAUCAUGUCAUUGGAUAUUUGGUAGAAUGAUGUACAUAUGAAGUGGACCAAAGUUUAUAUUGAAUUUAAGUUGAUGUUUUUCCUCAAUUCAUGAAUGUACUUUCAUGUAUAUUAAAACUUUUAACCUCCA